UUUUCUUUCACAGUUAAGAGAGAAAUGAGGAUCUCAGGAAUCAUUAAUAUCUCUGAGACUAUAAGUGAGUUUAUCCUCUUGGGUUUCCCUUGUCAAAAAGAAACUCAAAUCAUCCUCUGUAUGGUGUUCUCUAUUAUUUACAUCCUCACUAUCAUGGGGAAUACAUCCAUCAUCUGUGCUGUAUGGUCAAGUCAGCAACUUCAAACUCCCAUGUACACUCUCUUGGCCAAUUUCUCCUUUUUAGAAAUUUGCUAUAUUAACUCUGAUGUUCCCAAAAUGUUGGCCAUAAUGCUCUCUGAAUCCAAAACCAUAUCUUUUACUGGCUGCUUGCUUCAAUUCUAUUUCUUUUUCUCAACAUGUGCCUCUGAAUGUUUGUUUCUCUCUGUGAUGGCAUUUGAUAGAUACCUUGCAAUCUGCCAGCCUCUACACUAUUCUAUCAUCAUGACCCACAACCGCUGUAUUACCUUGGCAUUAUUCUGCUGGAUAGGUGGUUUCCUGUGGUUACUGACUCCAGUGAUCCUAAUCUCACAGGUCCCCUUCUGUGGCCCAAACAUCAUUGACCACUUUUUGUGUGACUUGGGGCCAUUAUUGGCGCUUUCCUGUGCCCCAGUGCCCAGGACUACUUUGGCCUGUGGUGCCAUCAGCUCUCUCAUCAUCUUCAUCACCUUCCUCUACAUACUGGGUUCCUAUUUCCAUGUCCUGAGAGCUGUACUACAUGUGCCAUCAGGUUCUGGAAGAAACAAGGCUUUCUCAACAUGUGCCUCUCAUUUCACUGUGGUGUCUCUAUUCUAUGGCUCAGUCAUGGUGAUGUAUGUCAGCCCAGGAUCAGGAAACCAGUCUGGAAUGCAGAAGUUUGUAACCUUGUUCUACUCCAUGGCAACUCCAUUCUUUAAUCCCCUGAUCUACAGUCUCCGAAACAAAGAUAUGAAGAAAGCUCUAAAGAAACUCUUGAGUAAGUUGUUCCAGAGAUUCCCUAAAGGACACAAGAAGUGA